CGUCGUUCUCUUGUGUCAGUGUCUCCUAUUCACUCCCAUUACUAUAUCAGCUUUUUCUGUGUAACGCAAAGUGUAUGCAAGUUAUGGUUGUAUUAUACUGAUGUUUGCAAGUGUUAAAAGUAGUCUAAAAAAUUUGCAAUCAUGUGCUCAUGUGAUCUGUGUUGUGUUUAUGUUAAAUAAAAAAGCGCUCGAUUUAAGGUGAUUGAAUUCUCAACGAACUCUUAAGAACAAUGGGUAGGUCAUCGAAAGAUAAACGUGAUAUAUAUUAUCGGCAAGCUAAGGAGGCGGGAUGGAGAGCUAGGAGCGCUUUCAAAUUAAUUCAUUUGAAUGAAAGGUUCAAUUUGUUUAAAGAUGUGAAGAAGGUAGUCGAUUUGUGUGCUGCCCCUGGAAGUUGGAGUCAGGUUCUUGCUAAACAACUGAAGCCGCUUGAAAAUCCUGAUGUGAGAAUAGUGUCCGUUGAUCUUCAAGCCAUGGCCCCUAUUCCAGGAGUAACAAUUUUACAAGGAGACAUAACUAAACAGUCAACUGCUCGAGCAGUAAUUCAUGAAUUUGCUGGGGAACAAGCAGAUCUUGUUGUGUGUGAUGGAGCUCCAGAUGUUACAGGAUUACACGACAUAGAUGAGUACAUCCAAGGAGAGCUGCUAACCUGUGCAUUGAAUAUCACGACAUACCUGUUGAAACGAGGAGGAACUUUCGUUGCGAAAAUAUUUAGAGGACAGAAUGUGGCAAUUGUGUAUGACCAGAUGAAACUGUUCUUCCCCAGAGUUACCAUUGCUAAACCGAGUAGUUCCCGCAACUCAAGUAUUGAGGCCUUUAUUGUGUGUCAAAAGUACACACCACCAGAUGGAUAUACACCUACAAUAUGGAAAUCUCUGCGAUUACCCAGUGGAAAUUUUGAUUUUAAAGGAGAUGAAGUGAAUGCAUCUAUUAUUCCUUUUUUGGUUUGUGGUGACCUAACUGGUUAUGAUGCAGAUACCAACUAUCCUGUUGGUGGGCCUCAGUUUGAAGAUUAUGUGUACAAAGAACCUGUCCAACAACCCAUAUCUCCUCCUUAUGAAGAGAGUCUUAAUAUGCGGAAGACACAGACAUUACAGAAACCAAUUAUGGAUGCUUUCAAUUGUGAUGAGUCUUAACUGUUGCUAUGAGGAUUUUAUUUGUAUUAGUGUUCCUUUUCUUUUGAUUUUAAGUUUUUUGCAACUAAAUUUGCGUAAUUUUCACAACUUGGUUGGAAACUGUUUAGGUGCCAUUCAAUGUUAAAUAGGAUUUUAAGUUAGUGUGCUAUUCUUCAAAAAACAUUGUAUUUAAAAAUGUGAUAAUGUUUUCAAAAAUUGUUUUGAUUUUAAUGUUUUAAUAGUCUUUUAAAAACAAAACAUUUAUGAAAUUCAGCAUUUAAAGAUUGCUAUAAAAAUACACUUUGAUAAUGAUAUCAUUAUUAUUCUACUUGAUGCUGGUUGAAUUUCACGAUAUGUAAACAGUAUCCUCAAUGUACGUUGACUGAUACCUAGAUAUUAAGAGAACAAGUAGAAAUCACUGAUAUUUGUGUUAUUAAGUGUCAAAGCAAAUGAAAGAAAAUCAUCGUUUUUGUUGAAAUGUCAUGAAUAGUGUCUGGAUUUGUAAGCAGUGAGCAUGUCUAAACUAUGCCACAUGAAAUGCACUACAGAGCUUUAAAAGUAUGCUCACAAUAUUUUGUUUAAAGUGCAAUACUUAAAAAAUGUUGAAUUUUGGUAUUAGGUCUUCGGCAUUAAAUGUUUGAAAUUUUAAUAAUCGGUAGAGAAAUAAGUGUGCUGACAUAAAUUGAUUUUAUUUUGUAAAAAAAUGAAAUCAAUUAAUUUAAGUAACUGUACAUUAAAUUUCUCAUUUUUCACACCCUAAUAAUUAUAUGAAAAAUUAUAUGAAGUGGGAUUUCACUGGUGAAAACAAAAAAACAACUCUUGUUUGAAAUGAUCAUGAGGAAGAGCAAAGAGGCAACAGGUGCUGUGGGCCAAAUUUUCUCCCAAUAGCUGAUAAAUUACUACCUGCUUGACAUUACAAUAUUUAACAGUGACACAUAGCAGCAAAAGCUGUUUCUCUAUCAGAUGACACAUUUAAAAAUGCAAAUAAAGCAAUUCUUACUCUCUGAUGGUGCUGCAGCCCAGUUCGGGUCUUGGCAUGUGUGCACUUGUAGUAUGCCAGUCUUCUGAGAUCACUAGGAAUGGAACAUAUUCCCGUAUAAGGAGAGAAGCUGAACAUCAGAUCCUAAAAAAUGGGUGAUGGAAUAGGUAUGGUAGUAAGAAUUGCUCUCAGUUUAGUGUUUGAGGCACUGUUCUGUCUGUCAUCAGCCCGGAACUCAUUGAAGGAAACUGCAGAAAUGACCAAUCAGAUCAGCGGUCUCUAGAAUGUCAAUCCAGAAAGGGACAGGCCGUAUCCAGGCUGUAGGUUUGGACCGCAAUGAAGUUCAGUUGCAAAAUCUCAACAAAACACAAUUGCAGUGGAUAAUAAAACAAUUAAAUAAAUGUUGAAUUUCUUAUUUCUUGGUAUCUCGGGAUAACAAAAUCAAUAAGACCUUGAGCAGCCGUGUAGGUGCUAAGGUUCUCGUACAAUUUUGUCCCGUUACUGGAGUUAUAUGGGAUAUAGGUGAUGAGAGACUAUUAUAGUGUAUAUUUCAGUUAAAUGUAUAUUGUACAAAUUUAUUUAAGUUUAGUUAAAAUUUGAAUGCACAAAUAUUUUUAAAAUGUAAAUUUUAUCGUGUGUUUGUUUAAAAAAUGUUAGUUUGUGUGUGUGUGUGUGUGUGUAUGUAUGUUAAAAAUUAGUUUAUUUUGAAAUGAACUAAUAAGUACCUAUUCCUUAUACUGCAAAUAUUACUAUUUAUGUUUGUUCUUUGUGUAACAGAAUUUUUAUAAAAACAUUUUGUAUCUGCUUUUAAUUUAUGUUUUAUCUUUUCUUUGAUAAGGAACAAAAUCACUUAAUUGUGUUCUGUAUUUUAUUCUGAUCACACUGCAAAUUUUGUAUCGAUUGUUCUUACUAUGAAAAUGUGUUGUAAAUAAAUAUUCUAAAAUGUU